GUGACAGUUCUCUUUUUCGUCAUCGUGUUCGAUUUCAAUCUACUUGUUCCGUUUAAGUUAUUAAUAAAAUAGUCGAUAUUCUAUAGCAGAUUCGUGAAUUAAAAAAAGAAGAUCUUCCUUCAUAUUUUUAAACAAAAAUACAUCAUGAAAAUAUCAUGCAACAAAACUAACCCUCCGUUAGGAGGCUUAAUGGCUGCAGAGCUAUAUAGAUCAUCAGUGAAAGGUUUAGAAAUAGUAUGGGGGAGUGAAUCCCACAUUCUUCUCCCGGAUUCGUCUAAACCGGUACCAUAUGGAACAAGCAAUGAUUUGAUAAGAAUAUUAGAGAAUAAGUUUAACAAGUCUGCUGGACCUCUUCAGAAGGUCACAAUGAACCAUUGGCUUUCAUUUAGUCUUGUACUAAAUGAGGACAUUUCACAAUCAAUUCAAUAUCUUGACAAGAUCCUUGGGCCUCUAACCUAUCUUGUUGGGGAAUCAUUAUCAGUUUCUGAUCUAGCAGUAUUCAGUGUAUUGAACUUUUCCAGCAAAUUUAAAGAUGUAUCUGGUAAAAUUUCUCCAACUAAUGUUCUCCGUUGGAUGAAACUGAUACAGGCUCAAGAACCAGUUGUGAAGGUGCUUAAUCAAAUACCAGAUGAUGUUUUGGAGAACCUUUCAAAGUCGCCUAGGAGAUCUCCAGCAGCUAAUAAGGAGGCUGGAGGUCGAGCAGCUGAGGGAAAGUUUAUUGAGCUGCCGCACGCUGAGAUGGGCAAGGUUGUUGUGAGGUUCCCACCUGAAGCUUCUGGAUACCUGCAUAUUGGCCAUGCUAAAGCUGCGUUAUUAAAUCAAUAUUAUCAGCAAGCAUUUGAAGGGAAACUAAUUAUGAGAUUUGAUGACACAAAUCCUGCUAAAGAGAAUGCAGAUUUUGAAAAGGUUAUCUUAGAGGAUGUGGAAAUGUUGGAGAUCAAACCGGACAUGUUCACUCACACCUCACAAUACUUUGACAUGAUGAUGAAUUUCUGUGAAAAAUUAAUUAAAGAGAACAAAGCGUUUGUCGAUGACACUCCCGCUGAGCAGAUGAAGAAUGAGAGAGAUCAAAAAGUCGAAAGUAAAAAUAGAAACAAUUCUGUUGAGAAGAAUCUUGAAUUAUGGGAGGAGAUGAAGAAGGGUAGUUCUAUAGGUGUCCAGUGCUGCGUGCGCGCAAAGAUAGACAUGCAAUCUGCUAACGGUUGUAUGCGUGAUCCCACUAUAUACAGGUGCAAACCGGAAACACAUCCACGUACCGGCAAUCAAUAUAAAGUGUACCCGACGUAUGACUUCGCGUGUCCCAUAGUGGAUUCAGUGGAGGGUGUGACCCACGUGUUGCGGACCAUGGAGUACCACGACCGAGACCCUCAGUUCUACUGGUUCAUUGAUGCUCUCGGCUUGAGGAAACCUUACAUAUGGGAGUAUAGUAGAUUGAGUAUGACCAACACAGUUUUGUCCAAGAGGAAAUUGACAUGGUUUGUGGAACAAGGACUUGUUGAUGGAUGGGAUGACCCGCGCAUGCCCACAGUACGCGGUGUACUGCGACGUGGUAUGACAGUGGAGGGGCUGAGGCAGUUCAUCCGAGCGCAAGGCUCCAGUCGUUCCGUCGUCUUCAUGGAGUGGGAUAAGAUCUGGGCAAUCAAUAAAAAGGUUAUCGAUCCUAUAGCACCGCGGUAUACCGCUCUCGAAGCUAAUCCUGUGCCAGUGAAUCUGAAAGGUGUGACUGGACGGACUGCGUUGACUGUACCACUGCAUCCCAAGAAUUCUGACAUAGGUACGAAGACCGUGUGGGUGACACCUCGUCUUCUAAUCGACCAGGUAGAUGCUGCCUCGCUGAAAAAAGGAGAAAAUGCUACCUUUAUAAACUAUGGAAAUAUUAUGAUUGAUAAGAUACACAAGGGUGAAGAUGGAAAAGUAACGAGUAUUGAUGCUACACCUAAUUUAGAGAAUAAAGACUUUAAGAAGACCUUAAAGUUGACCUGGAUAGCUGAUGAUGUGGAAUCUUCAACUGUGGAGACGUACUGUGUGUUCUUCGAUCAUAUCAUAUCAAAACCUUUGCUCGGGAAAGAUGAAGACUUCAAGCAAUAUAUUGGACAUCAGACUAGGUGGGAGAUGCUAAUGUUGGGUGAGCCGGAGCUGAGCAAAGUGCGAGUUGGUGACAUCAUACAGUUGCAACGUCGUGGCUUCUUCAGAGUUGACGUGGCCCCAGGAUCUGUGUCAUUCCACACCGGCCGGUCUGUGCCAUUGGUCCUCUUCCAUGUACCAGAUGGACACACCAAGGAGAUGCCAGGACAGCCGAAGCCGGUCCAAGCGACGUCUGUCAAACAAGCUGCGACGAAAGCGGACGCGGCUGGCGACACUUCCAAGUUAAACGAAGAGAUUACAAAACAAGGAGAACUGGUGCGGUCCCUUAAGGCUGCUAAGACUGAUAAGGCGCAGGUUGAUCAAGCGGUCAAAGUUUUACUGGACUUAAAAGCCAAGUACAAGACGGCAACUGGACAGGAUUGGAAGCCUGGCACCACUCCAGUACAAGCAGCCCCAGCGUCCGGCGACGCGUCAUCUCUUUGCCAGCAGAUCUCCCAACAAGGCGAUCUCGUGCGUUCCCUUAAAACUGCCAAAGCCGACAAACAGAAAGUCGACGAGGCUGUCAAAGUUUUACUGCAACUUAAAGCGAAGUACAAAGCUACUACUGGACAGGAGUGGAAGCCAGGCACAGCUGCACCAGUUAGUACGUCACCGGACAGUAAAGUGACCGCUCUGAACCAAGAGAUCGCAAAACAAGGAGAUGUUGUGAGAUCACUUAAAGCCAGCAAAGCGGAUAAAGCUAAAGUAGACGAAGCUGUCAAGCUCCUGUUAGACCUCAAGUCAAAGUAUAAACUGGCUACUGGAGAAGAUUGGAAACCAGCAGCACAGAUCAAGCAGAGUCCUGCGCCUGCGCCUGCGCCUGCGCAGACUGACUCACAGGCAGAUACUCUGUCAGCUGCCAUUACAGCGCAGGGUGACAAGAUACGUACACUCAAAGCGGCUAAAUCUGAAAAGACAGUUAUUGACGUCGAGGUUAAGAAUUUACUGAACCUUAAAGCUCAGUACAAGGCAAUAACUGGUAAAGAUUGGACCCCGAGCGCAGCAACUCCGGCGCAGGAUAUCAAGAAAAUGGAUAACAAAAAGCAAACAACCGCGACCAACGGAGACAUGGAGAAGGCGGCCAUUUUGUCAGCGGAGAUCACACGUCAGGGAGAUCGCGUCAGAGAAUUGAAAACUAACAAAGCUGAUAAGGCAACAAUCGAUGCAGAAGUGAAGAAGCUUCUAGAAUUAAAAGCGCAAUACCAGACAGAGACCGGAUCCGCUUACGUAGCACCAACGCAGCCGAGAGAAGUGAAAUCCAAAGAGAAGAAAGAUAAGCCCAAAGAAGAGAAGAAAGAUAAACCUAAAGAAGUAAAGAAGGAACCUAAAGUUAAAGAACCGUCGCCAAAACCUACAAAGGAGGAGUCAUCUAGCGGAGUUAAGAAGAUCACUAGACUGGGUCUGGAAGCGAGCAAGGAGACAGAUCUACCUGAAUGGUACUCACAAGUGAUUACGAAAUCGGAGAUGAUAGAUUACUACGACAUAUCAGGAUGCUACAUCCUAAGACCUUGGUCAUACAGUAUAUGGGAACAUAUCAGGAAUUACCUGAGCAAGGAACUCAAGAAACUUGGUGUCAAGGAUGGAUACUUCCCGAUUUUCGUAUCUAAGUCAGCGCUGGAGCGUGAGAAGGCUCAUAUAGCGGACUUUGCACCCGAAGUGGCAUGGGUGACACACUCGGGGGGUUCCGAGCUGGCUGAGCAUAUUGCGGUGCGGCCAACAUCUGAGACCGCAAUGUAUCCUGCGUAUGCGCGCUGGAUACAAAGUCACCGUGACCUGCCCUACAGACUCAACCAAUGGAACAAUGUCGUUAGAUGGGAAUUCAAGCAGCCGCAACCAUUCCUUCGUACUCGCGAGUUCCUCUGGCAAGAAGGACACACCGCCUUCCGCACUACAGAAGAGGCGGACCAAGAAGUUUUACAAAUCUUAGAGCUCUACGCUUACAUCUACGAGGAGUUGCUCGCUAUCCCCGUGAUAAAGGGUCGUAAGACUGAGAAGGAGAAGUUCGCAGGCGCUGACUACACCACAACUGUGGAGGCUUACGUACCCGCCAGUGGACGUGGUAUACAGGGAGCGACUAGUCACCAUCUCGGUCAGAACUUCUCCAAGAUGUUCGAGAUAGUGUAUGAUGACCCCGACACUCAGGAGAAGAAAUACGUCUACCAGAACUCGUGGGGCAUCACAACUAGAACUAUUGGUGUAAUGAUAUUAGUGCAUGGUGAUGACCGAGGUAUAGUUCUACCUCCUCGUGUAGCAGACAUCCAAGCUAUAGUCGUACCUUGUGGUAUAACUGCAUCUAGCACACCUGAAGAACGUAAAGCACUGAUAGAUUCUUGCAAGCAACUAGUUGAUGACCUCGUCAAAGGCGGGAUCAGAGCUGAAGGGGAUUAUAGAGACAACUAUUCACCGGGUUGGAAGUUCAAUCAUUGGGAAUUGAAGGGUGUGCCGAUCCGUGUGGAGUUAGGCCCUAAAGACAUGUCUCGUGGUGAGGUGGUAGCUGUGAGAAGGGUCAAUGGUGACAAGCGCACUAUCAAGCGUGAAGCUGUGGCCACUGAACUUGCUGCACUACUCGAACAAACACAUACAGAGAUGUUUGAAAAGGCAACAAAAGAGAGGGAUUCACGAUUAUCUCUUGUGAAUAAGUGGGAAGAUUUUGUGGCAGCUUUGGAACAGAAGCACAUUUUGCUGGCACCGUUCUGUGGAGACAUACCGUGUGAGGAUAGAAUCAAGGGGGACAGUGCAAAGACAGAUGAUGACCCCACGGCAGAAGUGAAGGGUCCAGCUAUGGGAGCCAAAUCACUUUGUAUACCAUUCAAGCAACCCAGGGAACUUACAAAAGAAGACCGUUGCAUCCAUCCUGCGUGCAACAACAAGCCCAAAUUUAUAACACUAUUCGGACGAAGCUAUUGA